UCCCGCACUUUUCAUCAACCACACCCACCGCGCUAUCUCGGCUCGAACCUUCUGCGAAUGAGCCGCCCCGGCGUCCGGAUCAUUUCCCUUACCCUUUUUUGAUCCCCUCCGCCGGUCGACUUCGCCCUUUCUUUUUCCGCACGACGCUCUCGUAAUCGGGACCAAACACCUCCCCGCACUGACCCCUGUAGUGGGUUUGGUCGUCUCAGCCUCGCCAGGGCCACCCACUCCAUAUCUACGCUGCUCCCCUCGUUACCCCUGGUACUCCUGGUUACAACACCCCCACGCCUCAUCAUCGCAACGCACAAAUUUCGACGAUGCCUACAGCGUUUCGUCCAGUCAACAACCCGCUACCGGCGGGAGAAACCUCGACGGAGAUCACCUCGCCGUCACCAGUAGCACCGCGGCCGACGACGGCUCCGGCGCAGGGUUCGAAGCCUCUCGACGAGGCCACGACGCCCACUCGUGCAAACUUCGGUGCCGGCACAUUGUCGUCGCAAGAUGCUCGCACCGCGUCAGAACUUAUCAAGUCUAUACAAGUACCCGAGUCCGGGGCACCGACCUACAAAAGGGGACACUCGGAGCUCUCAGGGUCAUCGAAAGAUUCAUCCGACGAUGUGGACAUGGAUGACUCUGAUGGCGGACAUACCGUCGAUGGCGGAGUUACCACAGGAGACGAGAGCGUGAGCGGAGAUGGCAAGAAGCCCAAGAAGAAGAAGUCGCAGCGAUUUUAUUGCACCGACUACCCACCUUGCAACCUGAGCUUCACGAGGAGCGAGCACUUGGCCCGCCACAUUAGGAAACACACCGGCGAGCGCCCUUUCCAAUGUCACUGCGAACGACGCUUCUCGCGCCUGGACAACUUGAGGCAGCACGCCCAGACCGUGCACGCGAACGAAGAGAUUCCCAUCGACUCGCUCGCCGCUACCGGGACGCGGUUCCAAAGGCAGAUUCGGACCGACAGAGUGCGGCAACCUGGCAGGGCUCGAGCUUCGACAGCGGGCAGUGUUGGGCCCGCGGGCCGGGGACAUUCCAAAUCCUUGUCAAUGUCGAGCAUGACAAGUGUAAGCUCAAUGGCGUCCGGCUUCAGCGUUAACGACACUCGCCGGAGGCCACCGCCGCUCGUCAUGGCCGAUCACAGGUCCCGGAUGUCGCUCGAGUCGUAUCGUGGCCCCGAUGGUCAGUAUUACAGAGGCCCGUCACCGGGUGACUUUAGCACACCCACGUCGUCGACAUUUUCCACCGGGCAAAACAGCCCUCACUGGGGGUCCGUCAUGUCACCCGGCACCCCCCACACCCGCUCACAGAGCAUGUACGCCGCCGCCGGAACACCCGGCCGCCGCCUAAGUGUACCCUCUGGAAAUAAUCCCUUCCAGUCGCCGCACGGCCCUGGUGCCCGUGUUCCGGGUUUCGGGCCCCGAGGGUUGAACUCAUCCAACGCAGGCGCAGUCUCGCCGUCACAAAACAGUUUGUUGGCAUCGCCAACCUCAUCUACGACAUACUGGACAACAAGGAGGGACUCUACGUCAUCGGCUGCUGAUGACGCAUGGCGCAGACGGACGUGGCACCCCGACACAGCUGAUUAUAACGGGGCAAGCAGGUUGAGCCAGGUUAUCACCCCGUCCCAGUUUCCUCCAGAGACUGCCGUCCCGACCGGGCCGAGCUCGUUCCAGCCACCGCAAGUGCGUCUUCCUGGGAUCGAGUCUUUUGACGAGAUGACGCGGGCUGCGCCCCCACCAUUGUCAACUAUGGAGAUCGAUUCAGACAUGGAUAGGCGGCCGCCGCAGUACCAAGGUGGUGGUGACCCGGGCGCAGACAACCGACGGGGACAACCAGUGCAAUGGAAUAUGAACCAGCAUCGCGGCCUAGACCGGUGGGACACGCCGCCAAGAGAUAGUGCAGGAGCAUGGGCAAGCGAGGCGAACCAAGCCAUCUCUGCCCGGGCCGAGUACAGGUUUGAGCCCGAGAUCACAACUCCGACAGCGCCGACAAGCGCCGCCGGCAUCAUGGGCCCUCGCCAUCAACACACCGUGUCUGCGCCGGCCUUCAACACGCCCCGGGAAUCAAGGCGCCACGGCUGGUAUAAUGGGCCAAUCGCCUCCUCUUCCGUCGGGCAAACGAUUCACGAAGGCCGACCCCACGUUGACCGAAUCGUCCACCCCAAUGUCAGCGCCUUCCGGCCAUUCCCCGCUCGUGAACAAGAGCCUGCUUCCUACAUGCAUCAACCCGGGCCUCCAGUCGAACGACACGAAAGACCCGAGCGGAUCGAUCGCAUGGAGCGAAUUCCCGAACGGAUCCCUGAACGGAUCCCCGAACGGAAUCCAGAACGGCCUACGAACGAGGGGGGAGACCCCGAGGCAUUGAAGCGCCUCGAAGCCCUGGUGGCCGUUGCGGCUAGCCAAGGGUCCGUGGCUACGUACUAACCAACGCCG